AUGGCGUUCAUCACAAAGUCUUCCGGGAAAGCUGCUCUCGUGGGACUCAUGGGUCCUCAUAAGGUGUUGACACACCAGGCCGAUGGUCGGCUGUCGGCCAAUGUCGGGCUGAUGGCCGACCGUCCAGCGACGGUUUUGUCUUUGUUUGAUGGCUGGGAGAGCUGGCGUAGGAUCGGCUGGAAGAACUUGGUUUGCUGCAUCUUAUUGAGGCGACAGGGCACAAGAGAGCACUAUGGCUACAAUCAGGUGGUUUUGAAAGGACCAGGGAAGAAGUUGAGCCUUCUCGGUCAAACCUGCCCCGUGUGUUUGGAGGAGUUUCGCACCAAGGAUGAGCUGGGAGUGUGUCCGUGUUCCCACGCUUUUCACAAGAAGUGUCUGCUGAAAUGGUUGGAGAUCCGCAGUGUGUGUCCCAUGUGCAAUAAUCCCAUCUGCCGUCUUCAGCCCAACCGUCAGCAGGGGGCCGAGGGGCCACAGAGUACCCUAGAGGUCUAAGAGAAAAACAUGUCCCACACCACCUCACCUGCUUCAGUCUGCCCACACUUCAGGGUAGCUUGUUUCCAAACUUUGAAAGAGGUUGUAAAUGUAAAUUCACCCACCUGACCCCAGCUUUGAGAAUAUCUAGUCCUCUUCCAGCAGUCUGUUGAAUUUGAGUUUUUUUUUAUGUGCAGAAACUACAAGGACAAGCAAAUGCAGACACGAGCAUGUCUCCUGUCACACAGAGCAGGUCAUAGAGACUCGAUUUUGUUACAAAACUAAUAUGGGAAACAAAGAAGAAGCUGGGAUGUUUAUUUUGGAUGCAGUUGAUCAGUCAGUAUAUUCUGUUAGAUUCUGCCCGGCUGGUUGAAGAUGGCGUGGUUGUUGAGUAUUACCAUUACUUACUUACUUACUUACCGUUACUUCAGAUCUGAAGUAACCAGCUUGUGAAAAUAACACGACAUAGUAGUUUACACAUUGUCUUUAAGUUAUUUCUAAGGAAUUUUGUAUUGUAACAAGCUUCCAAUAAAACUGUUUGUUUCAGUGAUA